GUACCAGUGUACCUGCACGAGAGCCGAGCGUGCAUAUAAGCGCCCCCCAGUGCCGCUCCUGUCGGCACACCAAAGUACCAAACGCAUCCAGAGGACCACCAGUCCAGCAGCAGCAGCUCGCCACCUCCGCCUCCUCACCAGAGCUCACUGAGCCAAGCGAGUCGCUGUGCAAUAACCAGAGAGCAGCAAGGGAACAAAUGGCGGAGUCGCUCAAGUUCACGGUGCGGAGGAAGCCGGCGGAGCUGGUGUCUCCGGCGUCGCCGACGCCGCGGGAGCUGAAGCGGCUGUCGGACAUCGACGACCAGGACGGGCUGCGGUUCCACAUCCCCGUCAUCCAGUUCCACCGCCGGAGCGCGCUGAUGGGGGCGCGGGACCCGGCGCCGGUGAUCCGGGGCGCCAUCGCCAGGGCGCUCGUGCACUACUACCCGUUCGCCGGCCGGCUCAGGGAGCUCGAGGGGCGCAAGCUCGCCGUGGACUGCACCGGCGAGGGCGUGCUGUUCAUCGAGGCCGACGCCGACGUCCGGCUCGACCACUUCGGGGACGCGCUGCAGCCGCCGUUCCCGUGCCUCGACGAGCUCAUCUUCGACGUCCCCGGCUCGUCCGAGGUCCUCGGCUCGCCGCUCCUCCUCUUCCAGGUGACGCGGCUGGCGUGCGGGGGAUUCAUCCUGGGGGUGCGCCUGCACCACACGAUGGCGGACGCGCAGGGCCUGGUGCAGUUCCUCGGCGCGGUGGCGGAGCUGGCCCGCGGCGCGGCGGCGCCGUCGGUGCGGCCGGUGUGGGGGCGCGAGCUGCUGGAGGCGCGCGACCCGCCGCGGCCGGCGUUCGCGCACCGCGAGUACGACGUGGUGCCGGACACCAAGGGCACCAUCAUCCCUCUCGACGACAUGGUGCACCGCUCCUUCUUCUUCGGCCGGCGGGAGGUCGCCGCCGUGCGCGCGCACCUGCCGCCGCACCUCCGGUCGCGUGCCUCCACGUUCGACCUUCUCACGGGCCUCCUGUGGAGGUGCCGCACCGUGGCGCUGGCCCCGGACGCCGACGAGGAGAUGCGGAUGAUCUGCAUCGUGAACGCCCGCGGCGGCAAGUCCGGCGGCGGCGCCGCCAUCCCGGAGGGCUACUACGGCAACGCGUUCGCGUUCCCGGUGGCCGUGGCGACGGCGGGGGACCUCGCCGCGCGGCCGCUGGGGCACGCCGUGGAGCUCGUGAAGCGGGCCAAGGGGGAGGUGGGCGCCGAGUACAUGCGGUCGGUGGCGGACCUGAUGGUGCUGCGCGGGAGGCCGCACUUCACGGUGGUGCGCGCGUACCUGGCGUCGGACGUGACCAAGGCCGGGUUCGGCGACCUGGACUUCGGGUGGGGGAAGCCGGUGUACGGCGGACCCGCGAAGGGAGGAGUCGGCGCCAUCCCCGGAGUGGCGAGCUUCCUCAUCCCGUUCAAGAACGCCAAGGGCGAGGACGGCAUCGUCGUGCCCAUGUGCCUGCCCGGCCCCGCCAUGGAGACGUUCGUGCGGGAGCUCGGCAAGCUGCUGAGCCCGCCCGCGGAGCAGCCGCAGGAGGACGCGUCGUCGUUCCCCGUCAUCAGGUCCGCGCUGUGACUGUGAGUGAGCUUGCCGAAUCAGCGGCCGUCGUUUUCGCCUCGUGAUAUACGUUAUCGUGUGGCGCGCGUGGGUUAGUGGUGGGUGAACGAAAUUGAUGUGUGCAAAUGUGCGUGGGGUUUGCGUUUGAUCUGUACGUGCAAGAUAUACAGUAUGUGUCGUCCUGCAACACACACAGGGAAGGGAUCGCCGGCUGAAGCGCGCGCAUUUCAGCACUGUAGUACUGCAGGGCGGCACUGGGGUCGUAUGAUGUUGUAUGUAGCAUGCAGAUUUGUAAUCGUAUCCAUCUUAUGUACUCAUCCAUCCUAAAUUGUAAGUUAUUUCAAGAAUUUUGGAGAGUCAAAGUGUCUCAAGUUUGACCAAAUUUAUACGAUAAUAUAAUAACAUUUAUGA